AUGUAUCCAUCUAUCUCAGUCUGUUCAUAUCUAUUUAUCUCUCUAUCUACCUCAGUAUUAUCUAUCUAUCUAUCUAUCUAUCUAUCUAUCUAUCUAUCUAUCUAUCUAUCCUUCCAGUUUCUUUCUUUCUUUCUUUCUUUCUUUCUUUCUUUCUGUCUGUCUGUCUGUCUGUCUGUCUAUCCCCCAAUUCCUAUCUAUCUAUCUAUCUAUCUAUCUAUCUAUCUAUCUAUCUAUCUAUCUAUCUGUCUCAGUAUUAUCUAUCUAUCUAUCUAUCUAUCUAUCUAUCUAUCUAUCUAUCUAUCUAUCCUUCCAGUUUCUUUCUUUCUUUCUUUCUUUCUUUCUUUCUUUCUUUCUGUCUAUCCCACAAUUCCCAUCUAUCUAUCAUCUAUCUAUCUAUCUAUCUAUCUAUCUAUCUAUCUAUCUAUCUAUCCUAAUCUCUUCAUUAUCUAUCUAUCUAUCUAUCUAUCUAUCUAUCUAUCUAUCUAUCCUUCCAGUUUCUUUCUUUCUGUCUGUCUGUCUGUCUGUCUGUCUGUCCCCCAAUUCCCAUCUAUCUAUCUAUCUAUCUAUCUAUCUAUCUAUCUAUCUAUCUGA